GACGCCAAAUUUUCAUUGCACAUUCGUUAGUGAAAGCGCACUGUUCCAUAACAAACUUGUUCAAAACAGCAUUAUGCAAUGAUUCAGACUCUAUUGUUUUAGCCGAAGUAGACAAAGAAAAUGCUGUAUUUUGUGACAUUUCUGUUCCUGUCCAGUAUAAAAGGCGAUGUAUCGGCGGAAGACUGUUACCGAACGAAACUCGGGCGCGGAUACAACGGGAAAGUGAACGUCACAGCGUCCGGGAAAGACUGUCAGCCGUGGGGGUCACAUCUACCCCACGCUCACAACUUCACGUGGUUGUGGACGGAGGAGAAUUUCUGCAGAAACCCGGAUGACCGUGCGAACGGUCCCUGGUGCUACACCAUGGAUCCGGAAACGGUGUUGGAAAGUUGCGGGAUAUCCCAAUGCACGACAGAAUUUGACCCUUGUAUGAUGAAACCGUGUCAAAACGGCGGGAUAUGUAUAAGUCGUGGGGUCAGGCAGUCCCCUUAUUACAGCUGUGUGUGUGACGCAAAGUGGACGGGACAGGAUUGUCAAACUAAAGUUUCCCAGUGUCAAUACAAGCCGUGUAAAAAUGGCGCUACGUGCAUUGAUCUCAAAGAUGAUUUCAUGUGUCGCUGUACAACAGACUACGUUGGAAAAAUAUGUGACCUGAGAGUAGGUCUCUGUGACACAGAAAACGGCUGGCAACGUUUUGGAAGCAACUGUUAUAGGUUGAUCAACGGCACCAAAGCGUCCUGGAAUGACGCCAUAAACCUCUGUGGAGAGUUAGAUGCUAGUCUCCCGGUGAUUGAUUCCCAAGAGAUUCAAACAGAAGCCAAUGAUUUCGCUAAACUAAAGAAAGCCAAUUUUUGGACAGGGAUCAGCAACGAUGGUUCUGUGUAUUUCACUAGAAAUUAUUAUUCCUCUGAACACCUCGAACUGAACAUCACCAACUUUUAUUGGCACAAACUACAACGGUCUCGAAGAAAAGAUGGUUUGUGUGUAAUGCUAAAAUAUCCAGACAAUAUACACGUAACUAACCAUGGAAAUUGGUUUCCCAUUCAGUGCUCCUAUCUGAAUGAUGUUGUUUGCAGUAAACCUGUCGGAACAUGUCCAAGAGGCUGGUUUUUCCACAUCAGCAAGUGUUAUAAAAUGUUAGACGACUGGCAGUCAACGUGGAUGAAGGCGAGCGACCAUUGCAGAACACUGAAUUCUACUCUGCUGGAGAUCACAAGUGAUGCAGAGCAAAAUUUUAUGCAAACAUUCUUACAACGGCAACGAUCUGGAAUCGGGAACGACGGGAAAUUUUGGCUGAAUCUAAGACGCCAAAGUGCCCCAGUACAGAAAUAUUGGGCUUGGGAAUCAUCAAAACACAAGGCAGCCUUAUACACAAAACUGUCAACUAACACAGCCGCGUUAGGAGAGUGUGCCUACAUGGAUAUAGAUAGGAACGGAACCUGGUUGUCGGACGACUUGUGUUCGGCAUCUUUUGGUGUGGUAUGUAGCUAUGAUGUAGGAUCGCGAAACUGGAUUGCCAACAAGGAACUGGAUGCACAUAAAGAUCUGAACGACCGACAGUCUACGUGUGGUAAAGGAUGGAUUGACUGGACUGACGGCUCGGAGUCCUCGUGCUUUUUCCUGAUCACCGAACUUUUGACUUGGGAAGCUGCAGAAUACAAAUGUCAGCAAAUGGGAGGACACCUUAUAAGCAUCGACGACAAUGCAGAGCAAGCUUUUAUUGCCGGUCUUUUGAGGUUUGAAGCGGCUGAUGGCUCUGUCUGGAUUGGAGCUAACUGUCGAGAAGAAGGGGUUGGAUACCAAUGGACAGACGGCGAACCGUUUGUUUAUUACAACUGGUUUCCAGAUGAGCCCGACCACGUGAUCGACGGAGACGAAGAUUGUGUCGCCAUGUUUAUAUCUAAUGCAAAAUGGACCGACAGACCAUGUGGGCAGUUGCAUCCAGGCAUUUGCGAGAAAUCAAGCAUUGGUACAUCGGAUUCUGAGACAAAAUCAAAUGAAAUACAAAAAACAAUAGUUGUUGAUGAGUAUUGUCCAAAUGGAUGGGUACCAUACAAAGACAACUGCUUCUUGAUUAAGAAAAACACAACAACCUGGGACGAAGCAAACGCCAUAUGUCGCCGACAAGGCGCAGAUCUUGCCUCAAUUUCAGAUCGCGUGGAACAAUACCUGGUGUUCAGUCAACUUUCUGAAGAUUCUGUAUCCGCCAAUUAUGGAUUUUGGAUUGGUCUUCGCGAUAGAAAGGAUCAAACUUUCCGAUGGGCAGACGACAGUGACGUCACAUACGUUAAAUGGCAGAGUAGUGAACCACAGGGAUUCACCCCUUACAAGCAAGGGUGUACAUAUAUCAGCUUUUAUAAUGGACUUUGGGCUGAUAAAGCUUGUGAAUCUUAUAUGCCUGGAUAUGUUUGUAAAAUGAAAAAGCAAAGAAAUGGGGCUGGAGAUAAAUUGCCUUUUUCAGAAGGGUGUGACCGGGACUACGUUGGAUAUGAGGGCCUAUGUUAUAAAGUAUUUGCCACCCCUAAGACAUGGGAUGGUGCAAAAAUGUUUUGUAAAUCACAUAAAGGUAGCCUAGCAACGAUCAGUUCACUACACGUAUCAAGUUUUCUGGCCAGUCACCUUGGGAACGUGUACUCUGUCGGUUUGAGGGCCUGGAUUGGCUACAGUGCGAACCAAAAUACAAGUUCUUGGUCAAGUGGGAAAACUCCAUUGUUACGGCAAACAUUUUUGAAUUUUGCAACUAAUUCUACACGAAGGUGUGGCUUUUUGCACACAUCGCUGCUAUUGGCUCUAGGUCUUUGUCAGGAAAAGCAUUACUUUAUAUGUGAGAAACAGCGUGCAGGGUACCUACCUAAUUCUUCCACCAUAACCCAUAACUCGAACCCAACACAGGAAGUUAUCUGCCCUCAUGGCUGGUACAAGCAUAACAACAACUGUUAUAAGGAAUUUUUACAAACACUUCCAUGGACAAAAGCACGAAAACAUUGCAGAAGUUUAGGAGGUCGUCUGGUUUCAAUACAAGAUGAGAGAGAUGUCGAUUUUGUUUACAAUACGUUCAAAGGCAUUAUUAGAACGGAUUGGUGGGUUGGAUAUAACAGAAGAGACUCUACUAAAGUUUGGCAUUGGUCUGACAGUCCUGAAAACCAAUUUUCUCCAUUAAAUACCGGAAGUGGAAUCCAGAAUUGCGCAUUAAUGCUUCAAUCAAAUGGGAUGUUCAAGCAAGACAAUUGUAUAUUACAUUAUCCUUAUGUAUGCGAAGUCCAGACAGUAUCUUCAGUACUGAGUUACCUUGACAACAAAACACAAGAAAAAUGUAACGAGAGUGGAUAUUUCUUGCACGACAAGUUUUGUUAUUCCAUCAACGAAACGAAAAUGUCGUACGUUUCUGCUCAGAGAAUCUGUCAAAUGCGCGGAUCGGAAUUAGCAAGCAUCCACAACAAUAUGGAGUUGGAAUUCAUCUUGUCACUUCAAAAGAAUUAUGAUUUUGAAAAUGAAUUAUGGAUUGGACUAAGAAAAGUUAGAGAACGUGGAAUUGAAAGAUGGCAGUGGUCGGACAAUUCUUCCCUUGACUUUGCCUACUGGAGAAACAACGAAUUGACCACAAGUCAAAGAAGUAGAGACUGUACCGUUCUAUUUAGCAUUGAAGGAAAAUGGGAGAAUAGGAACUGUCUUACCGAAAGAGGAUUUAUUUGUAAAAAAGAAACUUCAUUGAAGAAGUCGCCAUCUUCUGUUGUUGUAAAAUCUGAAUUUAUUGUUGGUGGUUGUCCCUUACCAUAUGUUUCCUCGCCUAUAAAUAAUAAAUGCUAUCUAUUGAAUGAAACACAAACAACCUGGAAAACUGCUAAUAACACUUGCAACUCAUUAGGAGGUUCCCUGUUAGCCAUACAAAAUCAACUGGAACAAGAUUAUAUAUUGAGUUUGGUCAAUCUAAAAACGCCUGGAUUAUGGAUCGAUUUAAAUAGAUUAGAGAGGGAAACUUUCCGGAACCAAAACAACAAACCUUUGCUGUUUACCAACUGGGAUAGGGAUCAACCAAAAUCGCAGCAGCAAGUUCAGCCUUUAGGAUUACGAGGAAGCCUGCAGUAUAAGGAGGAUUGCGUUCAGAUGUAUACGGGCACCGUCGGCAGUAGAAUAGGGAGAUGGAACGUUAAAAGCUGUUCUGAAAACAAUGCAUUUUUCAUUUGCGAAAAACAAAAAGAUUCUUCAAUAUCAUAUGCCAAGAGAGACAGUGUGUGUCCACCUGACUAUGAACAAUUUGGAAAGAGUUGUUAUAUGUUUCAUGCUGUCCCCGAAAACUUUGACAGUGCACAGAAAAACUGUCAAAGACACAAUAAUGGUAGAUUAGUAUCAGUAACGUCUGUCUAUGAGUAUGGCUUUGUACGAGGAAUGACAGCUCAAGUCAACUUAAACAGUCACUGGAUUGGGCUUAGACGUUCUAAUGAUACAGUUCUGUACAGAUGGACCGAUGGAAAUCCUUACUUGUUUAGUCAUUGGAACGACUCGGAACCAUCACAACAACCUAACGAAGAAUGUGUUAUAUCCCUCAAUGGGAUGUGGAUGGAUGUCCCUUGCACCAAAGAAUAUCCUUAUCUUUGUGAAGUCAGUUCAGUUAAAGCAGAAAUACGUUCUCCUCCGAAAUGUAUGCCGUUGUUCGGAAUAGCAUAUGACGGCGCCUGUUACUACGUACAAAAUCAAGAGAAAAAUUCUUGGAAAGAUGCUCAUCAAAAAUGUAAAAGUCAUGGCAUGGACUUGGUUAGCAUCCACUCAGCAAAAGAGCUAGAAACACUUCAAACUAUAGUAGCUAGAAUGGCACAGACCAUAGUUUGGAUUGGGUUAACCAAUGUCCGAAAGGCGUCAGAUAUGUUUCAAAGAGGAGUUUAUUGGUAUUGGUCAUCAGGAGAGGAAGUUAGCUACACUAACUGGGGGGAUUUCGAGCCCAGUGAAAAUAUCCUUAACAGUGACGAAGGUUGUGUUUAUAUGGACACAAGCGGUUUCUGGCAUGAUGAUUCUUGCAGCAAUGAAUAUGCUUUUAUUUGCAAGCAUUACGGAUCCUUCUCAGAUCUGAAAACCAUCAGGGACAAUCCUGGGAAGGCUAAUGAUUCAAAUCCCCAUUUUCAAAAUAAUCAAAUGUACAGAGAGAGUGUUGAAAGCCAUCGUCAGUCGCCUUUGAACCAAUCAAAAGAUCAGAAAACAAAUAACACAAGUGCAGUUGUGGGCGUGUCAGUGGGUGUGUCAAUCCUUAUUAUAUUGAUCAUAGCAGUGAUUAUAUUUGUGACGUAUAAGAAAAAGUAUCGGUGGUAUCCAAGAAUGAGUUUGGGAUUUUCAAAUGCUAUGUAUCGGAGAGAAAUCGACGAUUCUUACUGAUUUGAAAUGUUGCCUUUUCUUAAUACAUGUAUAUUAUUGUACUAUAUAAUGUCUUGAUUUUAUGCUCUCUUUAUUUUUUCUUUAAUUUUGAAUGAUGUAUUUGUUGUUUUAUACAAUGAAACAAAGAAAAUAUUUUGUUUGCAUAUUCAAUACGGUUAUUUUUAACGUCGAUUUCAGUUUUAUGUACAACAUUGCAUGGUUUGUUCUCUUACUCAAGAUUUUGAAAUUAACACGUUUACAUUUAUGUCAUGAUUCCGUUGCGAUUGUGUCUUAUUUAUGCUAUGUAUUAUCAUUUGUUUCUGCCAUAAACUUUGUUGUUUUGUAAUGUAAAAUAUUGAGAAAUAUAUUUUUAUACUGUUGUCAUGAAAAGAUACUGUAUGAUUUUAACUUAAAAAC